AGGAGGCGGGGCGACAUCCCAAACGGAAGGUGGUUGUUGUCUGUGCCGGAGCUGGUUUGAAACCUGGGGGUCGGGCCCUGCUCGUCGUCGUCCGUCGCCGCGGCCCCGCUUCCGGGCGAGGCAGUUCCUAGCCGCCCCGCCUCCCUUCAGACCCCUGCGCCCCCGGCCCGGCUCUUCGCUGCCCGCUGCCGGCCCGCACUGCGGCCCCGCCGCCACCAUGUCCCUGCACGGCAAACGGAAGGAGAUCUACAAGUAUGAAGCGCCCUGGACCGUCUACGCCAUGAACUGGAGCGUACGGCCGGACAAGCGCUUUCGCCUGGCGCUGGGCAGCUUCGUGGAGGAGUACAACAACAAGGUUCAGCUUGUUGGUUUAGAUGAGGAGAGUUCCGAAUUCAUUUGCCGAAACACCUUUGACCACCCAUACCCUACCACAAAGCUCAUGUGGAUCCCGGACACAAAAGGCGUCUAUCCAGAUCUGCUGGCAACAAGCGGUGACUAUCUCCGCGUGUGGAGGGUUGGUGAAACAGAGACCCGGCUGGAAUGUUUGCUAAACAAUAAUAAGAACUCUGAUUUCUGUGCUCCCCUGACCUCCUUUGACUGGAAUGAGGUGGAUCCUUAUCUUUUAGGUACCUCAAGCAUUGAUACAACUUGCACCAUCUGGGGGCUGGAGACAGGGCAGGUGCUGGGACGAGUGAAUCUUGUGUCUGGUCAUGUGAAGACCCAACUGAUUGCCCAUGACAAAGAGGUCUAUGACAUCGCGUUUAGCCGGGCUGGGGGUGGCAGGGACAUGUUUGCGUCUGUGGGCGCUGAUGGCUCUGUGCGGAUGUUUGACCUGCGCCACCUGGAACACAGCACCAUCAUUUACGAAGACCCACAGCACCACCCACUGUUGCGCCUCUGCUGGAACAAGCAGGACCCUAACUACCUGGCCACCAUGGCCAUGGAUGGAAUGGAGGUGGUGAUUCUGGACGUGCGGGUUCCUUGCACACCCGUUGCCAGGUUAAACAACCACCGAGCAUGUGUCAAUGGCAUUGCUUGGGCCCCACAUUCAUCCUGCCACAUCUGCACUGCAGCGGAUGACCAUCAGGCUCUCAUCUGGGACAUCCAGCAAAUGCCCCGCGCCAUCGAGGACCCAAUCCUGGCCUACACAGCCGAAGGAGAGAUCAACAAUGUGCAGUGGGCGUCGACUCAACCUGACUGGAUUGCCAUCUGCUACAACAACUGCCUGGAGAUACUACGAGUGUAGUGCUGGUGGUGCCGCACCACGAGGCAGGCCUGUGCUUCCCGCCUCUGCCCCACUCCCAACGUAAGAAGAAACCUGUUUCCGGUGGCCAGUAUGUCUUGUUGCUUUGCACCCACUGUUACCAGAAGCUGCUCUAGGAGUUCCUGGCCAGUCACCCUGUUGCUGUCUGUGCUGGACUCAGUGCUGUGUGGCACCCUCUCAGCCCAGGGCUGAGUUUUAAGGUUUUCUCUCUUCUUUCCUUCCUCAAUUAAAAAUUUCUCUAUAUUUGUUUGUCAGCUGUCAUGUUAAUGAGCAGUAUAAGCACUGGCUGUGUGGUACUCAUCUGCCCCAGAUGUCUGUUUGCUGCCCAAGGCAGCAGUCUGUCUGGUUCAUGUCCAUGUCAGCACUUACGUGGGAUCAAAUACAAAUUUGAAGUCAUCUUUCCUCCUGGAAUCAGUGUCUUUCACAAUUUCAACUUUGUAUAUUUUUUAUCUUUCAGGCUAAUUUGUUUAUGAACAGAAUUUGACUCUUCUGCUUCCUUUCUCUGUUCCCUGGUCCUCCAUCUUUGCACCUUCCACUCUUCCCUCAGAGCCUGGAGCUGGUACUAAGCCCUGGUUUGCCUUCUUGACUCACUGCCUGAGUGGCGUCUCCCUGAUCGGGGGCCACGCCACCUUGGUGCUCUGCAGUCCUCCCUCUCAUCACCCCUGUCCUCAGCUGGCCCUUCAAAAAAAACCAUUCUGGGCUCCAGGAAGCCCCCCCAUCACUCCUGAAGUGCUUCUGUGUCCCCCAAGCCCGUGCCUAUUGAGAGUGAAGCAGAGCCAAGGCAGGCUGGCUAGGCAGGAUGUCAGAGUUGAGGGAAAUGGUUUCAGAAAAGCUGGACUUACACAACAUGUUUUCAGUACAUGGUUUCAGAGUCUGUUUCCUACCAAAUGUAAGCACUGAUGUCUUGACUGAUAGGGUCAUGGAGCUGCAUGUGGGCAUCUUUGUGGUGAGUGCCCUGUGCCUGCUAGUCCGCUGGCCCCCUUUUGGAUUGAGUGCUCAGAGGUGAGGGGCUACUUGAGGAACACAGUCUGUGCUCCCAACCCUGAGGAAAGUCUUAGGUGUGGGAACCCAGCAGCUGUCCUAAGAGAGAAUCCAUUGUGAUGAGCCCAGCCAGUAGGAAAAUAGCUACAGACUCAUAGACGUUAAUGUUGGCCAGUUCAGCACUGUUCCCUGAUCUGCCAACCCACCCCUGAGGUUUAGGUUCUGGUCAGUAUUGGAGUUGUAUGUAGGCUGUGUUUGUCUGUGUUGACUUUAGGACCUGGAGGGUCUGUUUCCGUUACAUGAAGGAAUUUGAUGGAGGAGGCUUGUGUGUAAUGUUAGGCGAGUCCUUGGAGCAGGCGGAGUUUGUGAUGUGCUCUGGGGUAGAGCUGACAUGGCUCCUGGUGUUCUGCCAGCUGCCUGAAGGUUUGUAAGACCCUUCAAGAGGCACAUGUGAAAUAAAGGGACAAGCAGGUCAUAGGCCCGUGGUUUUGUCCGCUUGGCCUCAUGCCUGUCUGAAUGAUGAAAGAGUUAACUUUGUUCUUCUGAGCCCUUAGCUCCUUUUGGUUGCAUCUUUUCCAAAGCAGUUGUAUUUGUAUGCCAAAGGUCACAGCUCUGCUUUCUACAUGGGGGUUUGUCCAAAAGAUGAGGUUUGUUGUUUUACUCAGGCUGUUCUGUCUUCUACCUUGACAUGGGGCUCUGACCUCUGACAUUGGACCUUGCUGCUGGCAUCUGCUUGAGGCUCCUGCAUUGUGUCAUCAGUAGGGGGCAGGUGAGAGGUUCUAGGUCAGGACUCUACUCUGCCUCUAGCAGUGUUCGGUCAUGGCUGUGGGCUCCUUACCACCACGGGGGCAGAUCUGGGUUGCUGACUGCUUUGGUAGGAGACCCUCAGUUCCUGCCUGUGGAAAGUCAGAACUCUGGCCAGGGAGGAACGAAUCUACACGGCAAGAAUUCCUUUGCAGUCCCAGGAUCAGCUUUCAGAGAGUUGGCUGAGAUUCAGGAAGAACAAAAAAAUUUAAAAUGAAUCCUCCAAGAUUUUGGUAAUUAUUGUGACUGGAAAUGUUCAGAUUUAGGACCUGGGAGAAAAUCAGUGGUGUUUGCUUAGAUCAGAGGAGGCGUCUUUAGAAGGCAGUGAAGGUCUACGGUGAGAAAGUCUUUAGACUGUUGGGUGGCUCUGGGUGAAACCAUGCCCCCACCUGAGUCAGGGGCCAUUAGCUAGGCAUUUGUGAUGCUGGCUAACUGUGCAGACACGAUGGCAGCUUGGGGAAGGGGUCAUCUCUUGGCACCAGGGGCGGUAGGUGGUAUUUAGUGGUCAGAACCUGUAGACACUGGGAGCCUUGUAACUGUUCUAGAGUGUGCUUCUUGGUUGCUGGUUUGUACAUAGCAGAAGCAGAAAUGGUAAAAAAAAAUCACGUAGGCUCCCCCUAGUUUCUCUCCUUCAUCCGUCUUUUUGACCACAGCCCUGUCUUCUUGUUGCAGCCCGGGCCUGAAUUCUGGACUGUAAGAAUAUGAAGGGCUCAGCUGGUGUAGGAGGGCAGCACAGAAGUGCGUCCUCUCCAGCUGUCUUGGAUAGGAGAGGCCACUGAAGUAGAAGCCUGCAAAUAUUCUUUUGUCUUUUGGUCUGCACUCCGAGACCAAGGAAGAGGUCACAUUGGCACUUAGGAUAGACGGGGAAAGAGCUGAGCAAAAUCCCUGAGCAAAAGCCCUGGGCCAGGCUGUCUAACAGUGGUCUCUCCUGCCCUGGCAGGACGGCAGCUAAGAUCCUCAUGUUAUAGAGUCCAGCCUGCCUCACGCGCCUGCCUGCUCCUCCUCCCACAGUUGUCAUUGCUGCUAAUGGUCAAAGUCAAACAUGUGGCCACAUGGGACAGGCAGUUCCUCUCUAGUUUCUUUCUGGAUAUUGCUUUUAAAACGUGGAAAUAUGUAGUGCCUUCCCAGAGAAGCUUGGGUUAGGAUAUUAAACUAGAAACAACUGAGUGAAAAAGUUGGAAGCCACAAAUAAAGAUGUUGACAGUAUGUAACUCACAAGCACCCACUUUUAGAACAACCUGGGGAAUGUGAACUUGUGAUGUCCCUACCUUGGGUUGAUGGUGGCACGCAGUGUGUUACGGAAAUUGUUGAGCUGAAGCUGUGAAUUGCUUUAGUUGGGUAUGAAUCAUCUGCUUUGGUUUCUGUGUACUUUAUGACCUCCCCCACCCCGUCGGUGAAGUCCCCUCCCCACUCUUGAGUGUGCAUUCGUAGCAUGACUGUAUAAAGCUCUGUAGAAAAUGCAGAUUUCCUGCUGUCGGUAAUGUUGAACUCCAGCAAGUUCAUCUCUGUGCCCUUUAGCCUAGUGUGUCUGAACUUACUUUCCUGUGUAUUUACACUUUUCCUCUGUGCUAGAGGCUUUGUGGCAUCCUGUGGUCAGGUGAAGAGGAAGCGUCCAUUUGCAGAACUGAACUGUAGUCAUUUUCCUUUUAUAAACUUUAUUUUCACAGGACCGUGCACAGGGCUUGUAACACAUUUUAACACUGUGCUGUGAAACCACGAUGGAAAUCUCCAUUGAAAGCUGCUUCAAAGGCACCUGGAAGUGGAGUGUUCUAGUAGCUAUGACUUGACUUCUUGUUUCCCAAGUACAGUGAGACCUAACUUGCACCCUCUCGUUCUGUUUCAGCCUCCGUAUAAGAAGUACCGUAUUUUCUGCCCGUCAUACUUUGUAAUAAAACUUAAACAUGUAUAGAUUGAA